AUGGUAAUAUUAACUGGUCGUAAUAAAGUUUUAUCGCAUAAAUACUUUUAUAGACUUGUCUCGAGCUUAUUUCCUCCGUAUAUCUGCAUUAGUGAAUUAGCAAUAAGAAUGUUUUGUUACAAAAAGUCCACGUCUGGUUUUGUCCAUGACAUUGAUUGCCAAAAUGAAUGUUGCGAAUUCGAACGGAAGAAACCAAGAAUCGAUCGUUGCAAAGAUAUGUUAAAAUCGUAUGAAACGCUAACCAGGCCUGAGUCUAUGGCCAACCAAGAUGAUCCUUUAAGCCACGCUUUCAAGUUGACGCGUGAGAUCAGGAACCAGAAGAAGAAAAAUAUUGAAGUGAAGAAGGAAUUGAGAGUUUUCUAUAGAAAGUCAAAAAAAUUCACAGUCGACUUAUUAGACGUUUGUGAGAACAACCAAGAAGUUGCCGUUCUUUUAAAUUUUGAUGAGGAUGAUCUCGGUGAGAAGAAGAAGAUUAAAACACUGAUGGAGGCAGUAGUUGCUAAACAUAAACAGGUAUUCAGAUUUGAUCUUUUUAUCAAGGUAUAA